GCUCUCAGCCACAGUCCUCACCCUUCCUCUUGUCUACCAGGACAACAAACCUUUCAAUAGCGUUAUGACUGGGACAUACUGCAGUCACGUACAUGCCGUUUAAUCUAUCGUUCUACAAUAAUAUAGCAAGACGUGGAUAUACUGAGAAAGGCCCCGUGUCACGAGCUCGACGAGGCUUUUUGUUUAAAUUUUAUUUUUGUAGUGGCUCCAUCUGCUCAUCUACGCUAGUCGCCUGGUGAGGACCCACAACACAGACAUCUUGGCCCAGAGAACUGUCUGAGACAGGCGGAGUGUUUCAGAUAGGAAAUUGAAAGUUUCCAGUGCUGUGAGAAGAAAUCUGGGACAGCCUAGGUCAACCUAAAAAAGUUGGGUGUAAAAAAAAGGCACUGUCAUGACUGGAGCUGAGACAGAGGAUGACAUUCCAUUAGGUGAAAGAAAAACUGUCACCGACUUUUGCUACCUGCUGGACAAAUCCAAACAACUGUUCAAUGGGCUGAGAGACCUACCUCAGUAUGGACACAAGCAGUGGCAGUCCUACUUUGGGAGGACUUUUGAUGUUUACACUAAACUGUGGAAAUUUCAGCAGCAACACAGGCAGGUUCUCGAUACCAGGUAUGGCUUAAAGAGAUGGCAGAUUGGGGAAGUUGCAUCCAAAAUCGGACAGCUUUAUUACCAUUAUUACCUUCGUACCUCAGAAACAAGCUAUCUUAAUGAGGCCUUUUCAUUCUACUCAGCUAUCCGUCAACGUUCCUAUUACUUUCAGGUUAAUAAAGAGGACAGACCUGAAUUAGUGGUGAAGAAGCUUCGAUAUUACGCACGCUACAUCGUCGUCUGUUUACUGCUAAACAAGAUGGACCUGGUCAAAGUGUUGGUCAAGGAGUUAUCUGAGGAAAUUGAAGACUACACACAGCGAUUCAAUACAGAGGACCAAUUAGAAUGGAACCUGGUUCUACAAGAAGUGGCUGCUUUUGUAGAAGCAGAUCCGGUGGUUGUUGUGAACGACAACAACACUGUGGUGAUAACCAGCAACAGGCUGCUGGACGGGAGCGUGCCUCCGCUGGAACAAGGCAUGGUGGUCGGGCAGCUUGUUCUCGCUGACGCACUAAUCAUCGGCAACUGUAACAACCAGGUGAAGUUCAGUGAGUUGACCAUUGAUAUGUUCCGCAUGCUUCAAGCUUUGGAGAGGGAACCUGUGAACCUGGCCACCCAAACAUCGAAACAAGGAUCGUUGGAGCCCACUGAGAAGCCAACGAAAAGAGAAAACCCUCACAAAUAUUUACUGUAUAAGCCAACAUUCAGCCAGCUUUUUACUUUCUUGUCUGCCUCUUUUAAGGAAUUGCCUGCCAACAGUGUGCUGCUUGUAUACUUAUCGGCUACUGGUGUCUUCCCCACUGGACAUUCAGAGUAUGAAGCAGGACCAUAUGAUUUUGGAGGAGUGCUCACAAACACAAAUCGUGAUGUGGUGAACGGAGAGGCAGUGCAGAAGAAGAACCAUGCGCUCAAAGAAAUGCAUUGCCUUCAUCCAGGGGACCUAUUCCCUUUUACUCGGAAGCCACUUUUUAUCAUUGUGGAUUCAUCAAACAGUACAGCCUAUAAGAAUUUCACAAAUCUGUUUGGCCAGCCUUUGGUGUGCCUACUAUCGCCUGCAGUUUAUCCUAAAACUGUACAAGAUCAGUCUCAGCGUGGGAGUCUCUUCACUUUGUUCCUCUACAGCCCCCUUUUGGCUUUUUCCUCUGUGUGCGGCUUGAACAGCAUACGACGGGAACUGUGGGAAAGGGCCCAAGAAUUUCUGUGCAAUGUCUUCCGUGACAUUGGGCAGAUGAUAACUCGAUCGAGAACCAUAGAUCAAGCCUAUUUGCAGUUUUUUGGUGAUGAGUUUCUACGGCAGCUUAUAAUCCGCUUUGUCUUCUGUUCAGCGGCGCUGAGACUGCAUAAACUUUUUCGAGAGUCCCGGAGCUUUCCCGACUCAUAUCCCGAGCUCCCGAAACAUGACAUAGUGGAGAGCAGUGUUCUACAGAAGCAUAUUUUGGAGCUGGCCGCCAUCCUGGACGUGCAGAGCUUGUUUUGGAACGAUUCACUGGAAGUAUACUAGCGUCCUCAAACAGGGAAGAUGACAUUUAUGGCACAUAUGUUUCCGUCUCUUUUUCUCACACACGUAUGUAUAUGUAUGUAUAUAUACAUCUAUAUAAAUAUAUGUAUGUAUGUACAAAUUUAUAUCUUUUAUUAUCUGUCACAUGAGGAAACAAAUCUAUGUUCGCAUUGACUAGUGAGAGAAUUUGAUGCAAAAUACAUUCCCCAAUUUAUAUUAAUUAUUUCAUUUCAGUGACUUAAACAAAUGGCAAGCUGCACAUAUUUCUGUGAUAAUGCUCGCCGUAUUGAUCCCUGCAUGAGCACAAUGUGACCACGUCAUACCACGAGCAUUUGUAACUUUGCAUUCACUGUUGCUAUUUCAAAAAAAUAUUUAUUAUUGUUCAUUGAAAAAAGGGUACUUAAACGAUUAAGGAUGGAUCAUUUAAAAUAGGGGAACUUUAUCCAUAAAGCACUUAGGGAAUAGUGUCUCUUUCCUGUAUCAGGAAUCGUCAAACCUUUUGUUAUGGUGGCAUAUUUCUUUGAAAGAAGUCAGAAGUACCCUCACAGAAGCUGAGCGACUGACUAUUUGAGUCAUCUGUUUUCAGUUCACUGACUUGAGAUAAUUACUUCUAUAAGAGAUUAACAAAAAAGAUUCAACGAACUGUCUUUCUUACUUUGUACAUUGUUGUUAACUGUAAAGACCCCUCACCCUUUUCUGGUGUUAACCUCCGAUUCCGUCAAUCGUCUAAAUUACCAGUAAUUGGUCCUUUUCACCGAGACGUAUCUGCAUGGAAAAAGGAAAAGAUAGUUGUACAUUUGUUUUUUUUGCCCUAAGAUAUUUCAGCACGUCACACUGUGCAGUCGGUCGACAAUUUUUAAAAACAUUAUAUAGGAAAGAUACUGUAAAGUGCAUGUUUUAAUGGUUGAAAUAUUUUUUUUGUUUCAUCAGAAGAUCCUGUAAAGAAUGUGAACAUUUGACUUACCAUGAUUACCUUUUUUAUAGAUAACAUGAAGCAGUCCAUUGAUUACUGAGUAGCUCAAAUAAAACCAUUCAUCACAGCGGUUACACAAUUAGCCACGUGCUCUCCUGGAUGUUAAGCCAAGCCAAGCUAAGAUGGUGGAACAGCAAAAUUACAAAAGGAAAGCCUUUAUGCGUGGAUUGAGUAUAAAUAACACAACAUACAACAGAAUGAAGUUUCAUAUUCAACUUAUAUCAGACCUGAUUUGAACAUUUGGACAGUAGAAUGAUAGCACACUUCUCUAAUCACACAAAAAAAAGUGUAUAAAAUUCACAGUGAUAUGCAUGAUGGUAAAACCUGUUAUACCGAGCUGUUUGUUUAUCUAUGAUGUUUUGUAAAAAAUCCCGUCAAUGACAUUGAACCCCUAUUUUUUGUUGAUAAAUUAGUACAUCCAUUUUUUUUUUUACUGUUUUAACCCCAUUUCCAUCACAUUUGGAAUGCACAAUCUGCUAAAUCCCAUCAUUUGUCACGAUUUGAUCACAAUGUCAUUUUGUUCACAAUAGAACCGGAAGCAUAUAUUGAUAGGAAAAUAGUUCAUUAUCUUUAAAAAAAAAUAACAACUCUUCUUGAAUCGAAGGCUGCUUAAUAGUUUUAACAGGUACGUGUGAAUCGUUUAAAUGUGUAACAUCCUGUUAGGUUGUGUUGACGUAAUUGUGAACACCACAUGCCUCAAAGGGAAAAGCCACUUCUCUGGCUCAAUAAUACACCUCAGGACUGAAAAGUUCCAUUGUCACAAUACCAUACAACAAUGCUAAGUGCCAAUAAGAGGUUGGAUCAUACUAAUUGGUCCUUCUCUAUGGUCCUGUAAGCUGUAGAAUCACCUAAAAUUCUAGAAAGGCUUUCACAUUUCGCCUCGGAACACUUCUCCACUUAGUUUAAGAGAAUUUUAAACAAGCCCAGACAGUGAUGUUUUACUUGAUUCUGUUCAGUCUUUACUUGCUAUCGUUCAAUCACUGCAGCUUGUACCUGAUAAUAAUAUGUGGAGGUGAUCCGACUUAUCCGAUUUAUCCGACUUAUUUUAUUGUUAUGCUGUUCCAUCUUAGGCCUUGAAGAUCAUAGAUGUCUAACAUCCCCAUGAAAUUUUCUAGAAAUGUUCUAACUUAAAUAAUUCCCUAUUGAUAAUAAUAAAUAUAUAUAUAAAAAAGCUAAGAGAACCUAUUAGCAACAUUAUUCUGAAAUUGUUCAGUAAAUCAUAAUUGCACUUUUUAUUCCCUGAAAUCUCUAUAUCUAUGUAUCGUGACAUGUAACUGCUCUAUGGUGCUCUUUUUAUACCCACUAAUUGUCCUGACCACUUUUCAAUUAAUCAAAUGAAUGCCAAUAAUUUUUCCAGACUUUUGUAGUCUCUGUUUUAACAUUUUAAGGCAUGAUACUUGCUCCCAAUUCACGAUGAACUGUGAACUGUGACAGGGUAAUACUAGCUCUUUGAAUCAGUCAAAUGUAACAAGAAUUGCAAAUAGUUGUAUUUUCGGAGCAGCUGUUUUUACAUAAGGAGUUUUUUGUUGUUUUGUUGGGUUUUUAAAAAAUAAGGGGUUCAGCUUGAAAUAAAAUAACAGCAUCUAAGUGUGAUUACUGAGCAAUGAGUCGAUCACACCAAAUCAAAUCCUAUCCAAAAUUAACUGUCAAGUAAACUUAAAUAAGGUAGAACUCAUAAAAGGCUCUGGAGCUCAGCAAUCCAGGAAAUCAACUCAUCUCUUUCUCGCACACCCAAUCAGAAAUUUACUAUAUUUACUUUAUAAAUACUAUAAUUGUCUUAAAUUGUCUUAAAUCCUUGUGCAAAGGCUAAUUAGUUUAUUUUCUAGCACAUUGCAACUGAUAUCUGUCUCCCUCCUGAUUAAUAAACUUACUAAAGUUACUAAACUAAAAUGUUAAUUUAGAUUAAAAUUACAAUAUGGACUUUGGAAAAAAAUAUUAGUUAUUUUAUUUCAUUCAAAUAGAAUAAGUGAGAGUAAACUUUAAUUUAUAUUUCAAAUUUCUAAAUCAAAAGGUACUUUAGAUUAAAUACAGGAGACAUGAAAAAUAUCAUAAACAGCUUAAAAGCUAAUUAAAAAAAAUACAAAAAAUGCUGUAUGAAAAGAUUCAGAAAGUGUGAUCCAAAGGUUUUUCACCUUCAAUGUUCAACUGUGUUUUCCACAGCCGGUCAUCGCACUAGUUUGAAAGUUCAGGCUGUUUUUUUGUAGCUUUUAUGUAUAUUUAGAUGAAGAUAUGAAUACAUACAAAAGAAGGGAGUGUUUACAAUGACUUCCCAAAAAUAUCUUUUUUUUUGUUUGUUUGUUUGUGUGCCCUUACACACAUUGUCUUGGAGUUGUGGUUGAAAAGUUCCACACAAAUUAGGCAAUCCAUAUCAUUAUUAAAAAAUUUUUUUGUUUUUCCUUCCGAUGCAGUUUGAUAUGAGUGAGAUUUGCUCGACCAUAUUUGGGGCUGAUUUUAUACGGUCUGUCUCUAUCCUAUGCCCUUUGUGAUGGCAAUAGAAAUGUUCUGACCAGUCGGGAUACUGGACGGUCAUUGUGGUCAGGUGCGAGUAUAAUCAGCAGCUAUUUUUUAUCGUGGCGUCGUACUUGGUUUAUCUGGUUAAAGUGGGAUCGAGGCUUUGAUGAGUCUUUAAACCAUUCCUAGUAGUUUUUUCAAGGUGCUUGCCCUGAUAGUCCCUUAUUGUUUCACUACGGGAAUCAUAAUUUGUCUCUAUAACACGAGUUAUCACUGAUUGGAUGACAACCUUACAACAUGGAUGUAUGAAUGACAUAUUAUUGGGCCUAAAUAAUGCAAAUUUUAGUGUAUUGGAAUAUUAAUCUGCACUACCUGCUGACACUGUGUGAUAUCAUCAGCUUACGUUGUUGCCAAGCAACAAAAUCACCACUCUGGUCUAUUCAUGGCAAUCUUUGUGUACUCCUGUAUCACAUUUAUACUCUGCAUCGAUACUUAAAAUGUCUUAGUGUCCAUAUCUUGAAUUUAUUCAUUUUUAUUCUGCUAUCAAUCCACGAAAUAGCCCAUCUUUUCACAAUGAUUGAUCCUGUAGCAAUAUUAGUCCCCACUAGGGAUUAAUUUAGUACUUUAGAACAAAAUUUGGCAGGAACAAUUGUCAUGAUUUUUUUGUUUUUUGCUGCUUGGUUGAAAAUUUCCAGCUACAGGAUGUUGUAUUAGACAUUCAGAUAAUUUUAAGUAUACAAUUUGUUUGUGAUGCUGAAGGAGCAUGUUACCACGUGCAAUAGUGAAAUUGAUUUUGACUAAUAAAUGCAUUUGAGUUACUCUAUUCUGUUUGUGUCCUUGCAUAGUGGGACAAGAAUGGCGGCGUGAUUUAAUACCUGUAUAGUUGGUAUAAAAUUCUACAGGGUAAAAAUGAGAUCUCUCUUUAGGUGGAAAACACUCUAAAGCCCCUAAAAGUCUAAUAUGGCACUACUGUAGUAUACAGAAAUGUAUCUUUUUUUAUGUCCGGGUUUGUAAAUUUGAUACAUAAAUUUUUCGCGCACACAUUUUGGUUUGUGUUACAACUAAAAGUCAAAUUGUAUAUAUAUUAAUAAUAUUUUUUUUUAUCAUGUUCUGGUUCUUCAUUUUCCAUUCCACCUGUUUGUGAUUCAUGGUUGUAGGCAGAGAGAACAUCCCAGAAAAAAAUAUUGCCUGUCAGUCACAGAGCCAACACUGAGACAAAGACAGCAAUUAAAAUACUUACUUUAGCCCAACAUACAUGUUUUAAGACUAAGACUUGGAGAACGCUGAAGUGCUCAGAGAGAACGUUUGCAUUCAAGCUGUAAAGCAACAGUUCCCACCACUGCACAAGAUUUAGCUUAAACUGGAAAUGAAUAGAUCAUUUCAAACAAUGCCCUAUAUAAAAUUCAAAAGCACAACAAAGUAAAGGUGAGUAAUAUGUCAUAAUUCACAAAUAGCUUUGCUUUUUGAGAUUAAUUUAUAGUAGUAGGACUGACUGAAGACCAUUAUGGUGAUAGUUGGGCAGAAACCAGCUGAUAGUUUACUGCCUUUGCCAAUAGGUUCAAAUAAACAGCGACGCCAGAACUACCAAAGUGAAUGCUUCGAACUGAGUUUAGAAUGGGGCAACGCCGUUUUAGUGUUUACGUUAAGUUGUGUUGACAUUGUUAGAAUUAGUGUAAACCUAGUGUAUAGUGAUGUGUAUACAAAGAUGUGGUUGUUCAGUAACUAGAGUGUGUUGGUUGUGUAAUAUGAGUUUGAAAAAAACACCAAAAAUGUCAGUCGGCCUUUUUUUCAAUGUUGCAUUCCAACUUUCCAACAACAUUUCCAGAAGCAGAGGAAAAUACCAAUGUUUAAUUCAUUUUGUGUAUGUCUUGGAAGAAAUAUUUUUAUAUGGUCAUGCAUUUUCAGUAAAAUAUUAUUGCAAACCUUCAUUUGCACUUACUGACAUUUAAGAAACUGUAGGGUUGCACUUUAUCAUUAUUGUUUUUAUUAUUAUUAUUAUCUUCUUGUAGAUUCUUUUUUCUUGUAAGAAUGGUUCGAGUCCUUAAUGUUUUUUACAGUUUCUGUCCAAAAUGUGCCAAUCAUGUUUCUGAAGAUUGCAAAGAAAGCAUGCAACAUGUUCUUUUACAUAAAAAAAAAAUUAAAGGUUUGGAAACCACAACAGAAGGGAGAAAUUAAGAAAAAAACUUGUUGCCCUUUACCGGCCUGUAGCUUAUUAUUUACAGGUUUAUUACACUGAACUGAGUAUUUAAAAAAAAAAAAAAAGAAUCUUUGUUUCUGUUUGUGAGAAUGUUAAGUGUGGUAAUGUAUUCUGUGCUAAAUAUUUUUUAAAAUGACAUAAAAUGAGUUGUUAAUAAUUUUAUAUACCGUAACCCAUUUAUUUAUACACAUAAAGUGGUUAAGAAUACAAAGAAAGUGUAUCACUGCAUAUGUGGACAUUGUUUAAUUUUUUUCCAUUUCCGCAUGAUUCUUCAAAUCAUAAUAUGCAUUAUAUAUAUAUAUAUAUGCAUAUACACACAUACACACACACGUAUGUGUGAAUUAUUUAACCCAAAGGGGGACCAUCUUAAAUGUUUCUUUAAUCUUUCCACCUUCUUCUAUGAAGACCACCGGAAGAAAGUUCUUCGUUGUAGAAAUGAAAAGAUUGCUUUUCUGUGUAUUGGACAAUGGAACAAUUAAAUGAUGCAGAUCUCUGUCUCUUGGGAACAAAUCACUUGUAACUGCCAUCUGAGCAAUCCUGUUGUCUGCCCAACAAAUGCAAUGCCAUUUCUACUUUUUUCUGCUUUGAAAAAUCUUUUCAAAAGUUAAAAAAAGAGAUUAAAAAAAAACAAAUGGGAGCAACCCUCCUUUAUAGCAACAUGUGACUUAAAUAUUGUUAGGGUUAGGGGUCAGUGACAACAUUUCCAAUUAAAAAAAAAAAAAAAAAGAUUUUCAGUUGUAAACAAACUAUAUGUUGAGGGAGCAUGUUAUAUUUAGAAGUGCCAAAGACCAGUGUGUCCUAACGUUCCAAUCCUAAAACUGAAAAUACAUGUUUGCAGUAUCCUGAUAUGUUUUUCUGUGUAUUACCAGAUGGAGUCAAUAAAGGAAUAUCUG